AUGGACGCCUACUCGAAGGACAUGCCGCGCGGCGUCAGCGGCGGAGACGACGGCGAGAAGAAGGUGCGGCGCUCGGAGUCGCGUACUGAGGAGGUGGACCUUACCCUCGGGCUGUCGCUCGGGGGUCGGUUCGGGGCGAAGAGGAGGAGAGUCGAGGGGCUCGCCGGGUCCUCAUCGGUGGCGGUGGCGCCGCCCGCGCCUGUCGGGACAAACUCAUCGCAGGGGACUGGUUUCCCUCCGAAUGGCGUCGCCGUGGAGCCCUCAGCUUUGCUGCGUGCGACUGCGACCUUGAACCCUUUCCUUGGGAGAGCCGGCGCCGCUGGGUUCCAGCCGUCGGCGACCCCUUUGAUCAGCAGCAUCAAGCAGGAGCCCGUGGAAGGAACUCCUAGGGCUGAAGGGCGGGGCCUGUCAUCAGCUGUUGUGCCCUGGUCUUCUUUAGCAUCAGCGGUGAUGAUAGCCGCAACCCUUGGUUCUAGGGGAGAGCAGCAAGGUGCUUCAGGGAGACCCGCGGCCCUGCGGGAGAUGCCAUUGGUGUGGACGAGAGGGCUCCACAAUGGCAUGAGGACUGUAGGCUUUCUGUACCAGUACAGCAGAGUUGAUGAGCUGAGGAUCAUGUGUGUGUGCCAUGGUAGCUUCCUCACUCCGGCGGAGUUUGUGGAGCAUGCUGGAGGCGGCCAAGUCGCCAACCCGCUGAGGAGCAUCAUCGUCAAGACCCCGUCUUGGCUUUAG